AUGGCCUGCAGCAGCCUGGAUAGGACGUGUUUAUUACGCAGGCGCCGCAAGCGUUGGGAGCCGCUGAAUUUAGCGAAGGUGCGGCGAUUUUUAGAGCAAGGACGUCUCGACUACCGGUUCCCCAUAACUCAGCGGCAUUUGCAUGACUCGGGUUGCGUUCGAGUCCGCAACGGAGUUCAUCUUUUCAAUGUUAACGACUACCCGUUCCCAUACAAAGUAGUUAUUGAGGUUUCGUCUGCAGAUCAAUCAGCAGUAGACGCAAUCAAACGUGUAGGAGGCAGCAUUCGCGUGGUGUACAGACACCCUAUUAACCUCAGGGCCCACGUCAAACCCUAUAAAUUCGACGUACUCCCCAAAACCGCUCGGCCGGGUUUAGAGGCAAUACAUUUUCUUGAGAAGUUAAGAGCAAGAGGCUGCAGCGUCUUUUAUAUUAAACCCGAUUGGCUGAAGCGUGAAGAAGAAAGAAUUCAAAGAGAGCUACAGGAACUAUGGGCUGAGGCAGACGCUGCUGCAGGUGCAACGAGCGAAUUGCCUCCACGGGUGGCUGACGCGGAGGCUGUUUCGAUGUACAGAGCUCAAGAAGAUGUGAGAACCCCCGGGGCCCAUCGGUCUCCUCGAGGUGUCUUCCGAUUGGAGUGGGGCUGCAUGCACUCAGUCAUACAAGCAGCAGCAGCAGCAGCAGCAUUUGUUGCAGGUAAACUGCAGCAGCAGCAGCCGCUGCUGCAACACAAGCUGCAGCAGCUGUACACCGUUAACACCAGAAGGCAGCAACAGCAGCAACAGCAGCUACAGCGCCAACAGCAACAGAGACAACUGCAGCAGGAGCAGGACCAGCAGCAGCAGCAGCAGCAGCAGCAGCAGCAGCAGCAAAGGGCCCUAGGGCUUAGAAUGCCUCUUGGCUUUCUUUUUAUGUAUUUUCUAAUAUCUUUAGCUUCUGUCUUUUCAGCAGCAUUUAGACGCCCUGCAACACCGCAGCUGCACAAGUCUCUAUACUGCAGCAGCAGCAGCAGCAGCAGCAGCAGCAAAGGCAGCAGCAGGGGGAGCAGCACUAGCAGCAGAUACUGCAGCUUAUUAUCAUUUAGGCCCACUAGCUUGCACUGCAGCACAGAACGGAGAGCAGCAGCAACGUUGCUGCGCUUUGAAAGACAUCAGCAGCAGCAGCAGCAGCAACAGCAGCAGCAACAGCAACAGCAGCAGCAGCAACAGCGUCUGCGUGAGUCUUUUCUCUUUUCUACAUCAAAUCUCCUGCGGGCUGCUGCUGCUGCUGCUGUUGCUGCCGACACUACACCGAUGCCGCAGCCAGUAGCAGCAGCAGACGGUGCUGCUGCAGCAACAGCUGCAGCAGCAGCUGCAGCAGCAGCAGAAGCACCAACAGCUGCUUCUGUUUGUUAUGGGGGUCCUGUCCUGCUGACGAUUUCUGGGGAGACAGCAGCAGCAGCAAAACAAACAGCUGCAGACACAGCAGCAGCAGCAGCAGCAGGAGCAGCAGCAGCAGAAGGCGCAGCAGCAGCAGCAGCAGCAGCACAGCGUCUGAAGCUGCAGCUAUUUUGGAAAGGGCGGAGAAUAAUUUUAAAUCGACCAGCAAAUGGUGAGCAGCAGCAGCAGCAACAGCAGCAGCAGCUGCAGCAACAGCAGCAGCAGCAAUGUUGA